AUGGCUGCCACCCUGGAGGUGGUGCGGCUGCUCAUCAGCAGCGCCGACAGAGCCGCCGGGAGUCCGAUCUCGCCGCUGCUGUUGGCAGCGCAACAUGGCCAUCUGGAGGUGGUCCGGCUUCUGCUCGGUCAAGGCGCCGACACAGAAAUUGUUAACCAAGCAGGACACACCGCCUUAGUGGAGGUGGCCAGAAAAGGGCUCACUGAGCUGGUGGCCCUUCUGCUCUCGUAUGGCGCUCAUGUCAACUUCAUCACAGAGGACGGCAAAAGCUCGGCACUGUCGUUGGCGUGCGCCAAUGGACACCUGGAGACGGCCCGCAUCCUGGUCAAGGUCACGAUCUCAGGGGACGGAGCCGAGAUCAACAACUGCGCUGUCCCACCGCUGUUUGAGGCCGCAUGUGUCGGCAAGGACGAGAUCGUCGAUUGGCUGCUGCGGCUGGGCGUUCCGGUGCAGCAUCAGAACAGUGACGGAGACACGGCACUGAUCAAGGCAGCCCGGCACGGCCAGACGGCGGUGGGGCGCAUCCUGCUGGAGCACGGCGCUGAUGUGGAGGCGCUGAACCACUGCAACCGCUCAGCGCUGAUGGAGGCGGCUGCUGGAGGCUACAGCGGUGUCGUGCUGUUGCUGUUGGGCUAUGGCGCGAACGUGAACCGGCCCUCGCCCGACAACACAGCUACGGCCCUGAGCCUGCUGGCCUCCCUGAUCGAUAUGGAGAUGGACUCGGAUGAAGAAGGCGAUCCCCAAGGUGGGAGGUAUGACAGCCAGGACAGAAAAGGCCACAGGCAGGGCGAAGCUCAGCAGACACAGGACGCGGACUUGUUCUGGCAGGACAGAGAACUCCAGAAGCGAGAGAACAAUGUAUUCAGGCAGGACGAAAACUGCUUCAUCGAGGGGGAAGACGUUCUCAGCCAGGAUGAAACGUCAUACUCGAGCGACAGCUCAACAGAAUGCUCCGAUGACACGGACGACAAUGCCUCUGACGAUGAUGAUGAAGACGAUGAUGGUGAUGACGCAGAGGCAGCGGCUUCUGAGGCCUCUGACUCAGAGGCAGCGGCUCAGCCUCUGAGCGGCCCGGUGACCGGCGCCCAGCUCACCCGCAGGGCUGAGUUCCUCAGGCAGCAGAGGCUGGACAUCCGGGAGAGCAUUGUCCAGUACCUGCGGGACGAUGCCGCCCUGUCUCGUCUGAAGACCACGCUGAGGCAGCAGGAGACAGUGACGCCCGCCGAGAGGGAGGCCUUCAUGCUGGAGAGGGACAGGUUGCAGCAAGUCCACCAACAACUUCAACAGCGGCUGCGGGAGAGCGAACAAGAGAUCACGGAAGAUUUCAAGGUCAUCCACCAGAACGAGGAAGUCCCCAUAUCGCCCCAGCAGAUAGAAGCAAGAGGAAGGCGAUUUUUGCCGGAAUUUCUGGUGAAUCGGGUGUCGUUCAGCGACCAGCAGUCGCCACUGGGCAUGGCCUGCUCCCUGGGAAACGUCGAGGUGCUGCUGCUGCACAAGGGCGCCAACCACAGGCACCAGGCCAGCGGCUCGCUUGAAACGCCGCUUACGGUGGCUUGCAUGGGCGCUCAUCACCAAAUCGCCCACAUCCUCAUCCAAAGGGGCGCCCGUGUGGAGCACCGCAACGGCCACGACAACACGCCGCUGAUGCUGGCGGCGGCCAGCGGCAGUGUACAGAUCGUCCGACUACUGCUGAGGGAGGCGGUCGACAUCAACAGCAGGCGGUCCUCCCGCUCCAACGUCACGCCACUGAUACUGGCGGCCAGCCACGGACACCUGGAUGUCGUCAGAUAUCUGCUGAUGAAGGGCUGUGACGUCUCGGCCAGGGUCAAGGGCAACAAGCAGACGGCCUUGACCUUAGCUUGCUUCAAGGGCCACGACGAGGUGACGGAGAUGACGCCGCUGAUGGCGGCCGCCUACCAAGGCUUCCCGAAGGUGGUGCGGCUGCUGCUGGAGCGAGACGUAGAUGUCAACGCCACGGUGCCCGGCGGCGGCGGCAAGACGGCGCUCAUGCUCGCCGCCUGGCGCGGCCACACCACCCUCGUCAUGCUGCUCAUCGCCAGAGGGGUGGCAAUCGAAGCCCGCAACACGGCGGGCCGCACUGCCCUCUGGUGGGCGCUGGACGCGGGUCACGGCACCAUAGCACGGCUGCUGCAGACGUGCGGCGCCUCGGUCGACGUGCAGGACACCAGACAGGUGUCGUGCAUCAUGGCGGCGUACCGCGGCGGCAACGUGGAGCUGGUGCGCUGGCUGUUGGAGUGUGUGUCGCAGCUGCCGUCUGUUGCCGAGCUGAAGCAGUGCCUCCGGUCCCGCUCGAAGAAGCGCUCGAUAGCCCUUCGCGGGCCCCCGCUACCUCUGGGGACCCUGUUUAAGCGUCGCGCACAGUGCCUGUACUUCAUCCGAGCCGAGAUGAAGCAGCGGGGAUACUGA